CCCAAGCGCUCUCCGGGCGGCGAACUGGGGGUGCGCCCGGACCCCCGCCCCCGGGAUCAUGGGGAAUGGCAUGACCAAGGUACUUCCUGGACUCUACCUCGGAAACUUCAUUGAUGCCAAAGACCCGGACCAGCUGGGCCGGAACAAGAUCACACACAUCAUCUCUAUCCACGAGUCACCCCAGCCUCUGCUGCAGGACAUAACCUACCUUCGCAUCCCUGUGGCGGACACCCCUGAGGUACCCAUCAAAAAGCACUUCAAAGAAUGUAUCAACUUCAUCCACUGUUGCCGCCUCAAUGGGGGGAACUGCCUUGUGCACUGCUUUGCAGGCAUCUCCCGCAGCACCACCAUCGUGACGGCCUAUGUGAUGACUGUGACGGGGCUAGGCUGGCGGGACGUGCUUGAAGCCAUCAAGGCCACCCGGCCUAUCGCCAACCCCAACCCAGGCUUUAGGCAGCAGCUCGAAGAGUUUGGCUGGGGCAGUUCCCGGAAGCUCCGCCGGCAGCUGGAGGAGCGCUUCGGAGAGAGCCCUUUCCGCGACGAGGAGGAGGUGCGCGCGCUGCUGCCGCUGUGCGCGCGCUGCCGCCAGGGCCCUGCGCCCGCGCCCGCAGCUCCCGCGCCGCACUCGGCAGCCUCCGAGGGAACCCUGCAGCGCCUGGUGCCGCGGCCGCCCCGGGAGGCCCACCGGCCGCUGCCCUUGCUGGCGCGCGUCAAGCAGACUUUCUCUUGCCUCCCGCGGUGUCUGUCCCGGAAAGGCGGCAAGUGAGGAUCCCAGCUCGCCGUGGCGCCCCUCUUCCUAACGACGGGUCCCCUUCGGGGCUGUUUGGGCCUCCCACGGCCUCCAGAACGGGCCCAGAGCCUGUGGGAGACCCGCGGCGCCCCGAGCCCUGCCCCUGAUACCCGCCCUGCUUGUCUGCGUCUGCAGUCUGUGUGUCCUCCAUCCGUGCGUCUCUGUGUCUAAGCCGGCCUG